UUGACUAACUACUGGAAAACUUUUUUUUGAGUGUAUUAUUGAGGAAUAUAUUCUUAAUAUUUAAAACAAUCACAAUAUGAAGACGAUAUCAGUUAAUAAGAUUUACUACCCAAGAAAAUUUUAUCAAAUAUUGAUGACAGUAGCUUUCGCAAUAAAUACUGGCGGUCAAUAUGAUCACAUUUUACGAUUUUUGGUGUAUGUUUAUAUAUUUGAUUGGUUUGUAAUGGUUGUUGUGUCUCCGGUCUGUGUUAUUUUAGAAGGAACUGUUACGGAUUUGUCAAUGAUUUUGGAACAAAUUCAAUACAUGAUGGUAGGAAUGUUUCACGUAUUGAUUUGCAUAUUAUUUAUUAAAAAAAAUGAUGCAAUUACUUCGAAUUACAACCUUAUUCGAAACGAUUUCAUCCAGUGGUCAGAGAAAAGAGGAGUGGAUCCAAAUGAAACUUAUAAAAAAAAUUUACGUACGGUUAAAUAUUCAAUGAUACCUAUUAUUAUCGUAAUAAGUUGUAUCACGUUAGGACCAUUAUUCACAGCUAUAAAUGAUAUUGGAAAGUUACCAUUAGAUAGCAAACCACAUUUUGUACUCUUUUGGCCUAAGAUAAUCAAAAUUGAGACACUCAAAGUAUAUGGAAUUGUGUAUUUAGUGCAAUCCAUAUUUCUUGUUUUUUUGUACGUUACGACAAUAUCAGUCAACUUUGGAUGUAUGGUUUUUCUAUCUGAAAUAAUGAACCAGUUUGAAAUACUACUCGAAGGAAUUAAAAAUACAUUUAACAAUCAUAAAAUGGAAAAAACCUUUAAAAAUAAUUUUAUUGAUUGUAUCCGCCAUCACCAAAUUAUUAUCAAGUUUUUAGACGAUUUCAAAUCAUACUUCAAAUGGGUCAUUCUAAUUGAACUAGUAAUCAUGCAAUUAGUUUUAACCAUUAUUAUUUACAGUAUAAUAAAAGUAGAAGCGUCUGUUUUAUAUAAGGUGAAAAUUAUUGGUUCAUUUAUGUUUAAUGUGACUCCGUUCCUUUUUCACUGUCAUAUUGGAGAAGUUAUACUAAGUCUGCAUACACGUUUGGCGGAUCACGUCUAUAAAAUGAUGUGGUAUGAUAUGCCCAAUAAAAACAAACAGCUCAUCGUAAUUAUGUUUCAACGUACCCAAAGAGAUUUGUCAUUAAAUUCUGCAAUAUUUUCGGGGGAAAAAGCCUCCAGACAAUUGAUAUCCAAAGUCAUUAAACAAGUGUAUGCAUUUUUAAAUGUUUUGUUAAAAGCAUCUUAAUAAUAUAAAUUAACAUAAAUUAUAAGAACUAUUUAUGAAUGAUUACUUUGUCUUCUUCUUCUUAGCUUUAUAACUCUUCUUCCAUCUUUUUCUAUUCUGGAUAAUUUCCCUUCAAUCUUCUACUCUUAGUGUCCUUAAGUUCUUACUUAUCACCAAAAAGGUUGAGUACAAUUGCUCUAUGUAGUUCAAUUGAAUUGCUUAAAAAUUGGAAUGUUAAAAAAAUCGAUCUUCAAAAUAAUGAAAAUAAUUAUU